GGCAGAGAGGUUAAGGUGAUUUUUCUCCACUCAGGCAACCUCUCAUUUAUACUUCUCCUCUCUCCGGCGCGCGGACAUUUCAGCGAGCAGUCAGAGCGCACCAGGGCGCACAUCACCCAGACGCACGUUACUACACACACGGCACUAGUUUCACUAAAAUGGAUAAAAACAGGUUGGAACACACGAGCCCAGGACACUUAUUUCGGAUUUUACUCACACUGUUGUGUUUUUUCCAUCACAAAAUAGGUACAUGUGCUGAAAACCAGCUGCAGAUUGAUCCACCAAGCAUUGUGGUACAAUUCGGGAGUUCUGCAUCUGCAAACUGUAGCACGAAUGACAGUCAUAAAGGCAUGGGCUGGGAAGCAUCUCAGGGAUCAACGGACAUGCAAGAAGAUGUCCAAUUCGUUAUCUGGGCUGUUGACAGACUUGAGGAGUGGGAUAUAAAGCCAAUUUGCUUUGCCAACUUUCAUGACACUCAACGAUUGGAGAAACUUAAUAUUACUAUAUACAAGCCUCCAGAACAAGUGACCAUCAGCACAAUGAAUCACACAAUGACUGAAGGCAGAGAGUACAAGCUCGAGUGUUAUAUUCCGAACGUUGCUCCUGUUCAUCUCCUCACUGUGAACUGGUACAAAGGACAAAAGCUAAUAGAUUCUAUGGGCAAUUUUAACAUGAGCGAACGUCCAGUCAAUCAUAUAGCGACACUUCAGAUAUCUCCGCACAGAAGUGAUGAUGGAGUUCAGUACACAUGUGAGGCAGAGCUGAAACUGGGACCAGAAGGACCUCAACCUCCUCCUAAAAUGACAUCAGCUCCUCUCACCAUUACAGUGCACUAUGGACCGGAGUUUUCAAACUGUGAAGAUGUUGUGAAUCUAAAUGAGGGAAGUAGUCUGGCAGGCAUCUGUGACGUCACAGGAAAACCAUCUCCGCAAUCCUACUGGGAGAAAGAUGGGCAAUUCAUUAACCAUACUAUUCCACUUAAUAGGACCUCAGGUGGACAGUACAAUAUCAUCGUCAAUGGGAAUAUCAUGAAGACCCUGUUGGUGAAAGUGAUAUAUGGACCCGAAAUUUCAUGUGAACGCAAUUAUACAGUCCGAGAGGGUGAAACUUUUGUUCCCAAAUGCACAGUUGAAGGUUUUCCCACAUCUAAAAUAUCCUGGUAUAAAGAUGAAGAUGAAGUAGAAUUACUAAGAAUGCACAAGAAUGAUGCAGGGCAAUACACACUAAUAGCAAACAACGGGUUCUCCAUGGCCAAUUACACAGUGGAACUCAAUGUCGUGUAUCCACCAUCUAGUAUUUCAGAGCUGCAUUCAGCACGGGUAUCUAUUGGCGAAACUGUCGUGCUCAAGUGCGCUUCUAACGCCAAUCCUCGGCCAAGCUACAAAUGGACCUACCAUCAUACAUCUAAUGUACAUAUUAUCGACCAAGAUGGCGUGUCUCUGCUGCACAUAAAACAUGCUAGAGGAGACAACAUUGGCAUGUACAUGUGUACAGCCUCCAAUGAUCUGGGAGAACAGUUGAAAAUGGUCAGAGUUGAUGUUCAAGGGGCAAAACCCACAUGUCCACUUUCUGUCCACCCGGAUGUUGUGGAGGUGAAGUAUGGAGAAACUGUUAACGUGGAAUGUCAGUCCUCUGCACCUAAAGAAAGUUUGGGAUGGGAAAUCGGAACGAGUGUGAUUAGAAAUAGCACCUUGGUGAUUAACUCCUUGGAUGAAAUGGAUUGGAUUCUAAAAGCUACAUGCCACAGUAGAUUUAUUGGACUUGACAGCUGUCAAAAAGAUAUAAAUAUCACCAUUUACAAUCUUCCAAAAAAGGUAUUCAUCGGCACCAAAAACCACACAGGGCCGAUGAUCGAAGGCAAACUCUAUACACUCCACUGUGACGUUCAGGAUGUUAGUCCUGUUCCACUCCUCACUGUGAACUGGUACAAAGGAAAAGAUCUGGUGAAGAAGGCACAUUUUACUGAGAUCAAGACUCUAGAUAAUAAUCGUUUGACACUCACGAUCUCCCCGAGGAGAAACGAUACUAAUACACCAUACAGUUGUGAAGCAGAAUUGGGACUACAAAAUUCUACUAAAGUCAGAUCAAGUCCUCUCAAAGUUACGGUGCAUUACAAACCGAUUAUUUCGGAAAAAUUUGCACAACGGGUCCCCUUGUUUCACGGCUAUCCGGUGGUGCUCAGUUGUGUGGCCAGUGGAUAUCCAGAGCCCACUAUCACAUGGAUGUACAACAACAAAAAAACUACAGGUGCAAACUUGACGGUAACAGAGAACCCCGGCGAAUAUACCUGCAUGGCCAACAAUUCUCUUGGGACUGACACCAGAAUGGUCACGGUAGUGAUGGAAGAUACUCGUUGUGAAUUGGUGCUCAGGCCUCCUGAAGUGCUGGUGGAGUACGGAGCUUCAGCUUCAGUGGAUUGUUCCACUCAGACUACAAGAACUGACUUUAGAAUGGGCUGGAAGGUGCCUCAUGGAGCGGUGCACAUGGUGGAAAAUGUCCAACUCAUCACCUGGAAGGUGGACAGCCUUGUGGACUGGGACAUACAGCCUGUUUGUUUUCUCAACUCAGUGGCAUCACACUGUUCCAUGCUGCUCCCAGUAACUGUUUACAAACUUCCAGACUGGGUGUCCAUCAGCACCGUGGGUCACACAGGGCCGAUGAUCGAACACAAAAAGUAUGAACUCCAGUGUGACAUUUACAACGUCGCUCCUGUUCACCUCCUCACUGUGAACUGGUACAAAGGGCAACAUCUAGUGGCCAAAACCUCGUUUUCUGACUCCACCAAAACUCCAGUGAAUCAGUCCACCAGAUUCCCCAUAUCACUUAACAGGGCUGACGAUGGAGUUCUCUACAGGUGUGAGGCCGUGCUGCAACUGAGCACGACAAGAACCGGAGCUCAAACUCCUUCCAAAGUGGCAUCACAGGUUCUUGGCCUUACUGUACAUUACAGUCCACAGGUCAGCAGCGGAGUAGAGAUCUUCAACGAGACAACUGAAGACGCCGUGUUGAACUGCACAGUGACGGCAAAUCCUCCCCCGAGGUAUACAUGGCGCUCGACAAACCUGGGGAGGGAAUUUAAUAUCGGACAUCCGGUCCUCGACUUAUCGUCUCUGAGUUCAGGGAACUACACUUGCAUGGCGUCGAAUGGAAUCGGCAGCGUCAGCAAAUUGUUUAUUGUCCACGCCAAACCUAGAGGCGGAAACCGUACCACUUUUUGGGCGAUUAUCGGACCCUUUGUCGGACUAGCUGUGCUGAUGAUCGUGGGCUAUGUGUUGGUCAAAAUGAGGACUAUGAAGAAAUGAGUCUUCACGGAUGGAAAAAAAAAAAGGGAUCGUUUACAGACACAGGAAGAUCACCUGAAUUGACCACUUCGGAGAUUAUCAUUCGAACAAGGUUGCGUUUGAUUCAACACUGGUGGCUUCAUCGUGUGUAUAAACACCACUGUGCGAGAUGGAAAAGCUACACUUAGCAAAGAAAAGCUCCAUCUACAAACCCGAAAAACUUCAAGAAGAACCAUUUCUAGAACCCAUGAGGCAGGUUUUUUAUUUCUGUUUAAAGAGUGUAUGGGCAGGUAGAUCCAUAUCUCCGUGUUUUUACUGUGAAUGUGCCUCAGGCGGCCUUGGAUACGGCGGUACUUGAGCUGAGCUUUUGUUUUCGUUUGUUUUUCUCCUGUAAUACUCAAUUUUAUUUAUCUAUUAUUAAAGUGUUAUUAUUUAUUAGAUGUGUAUUGUUAUAUGACGUGUCUAGUCUGGUUUCAGGCUUGUUUUAACCAAAAGUUGCUGUAAGUGUGUAUAUGUAACCAGACAGUUUUUACUCCAGCAGUUUCGAGUUUCUUGUCCGGAAAUCGUGAGUUAACACUAAACGCUAUCAAAUCAUUAGUUUGAAUCAUUCUAAUUACUCAGCUUCGCUCUGGGAACUCAAAACACAGAGCUACUUCUGUUCUCAUACAGUCUAAUCAGACGGUGAUUUAUCCAGAAUUUUCUUUAUUUCUCCAUACAAAUAACCAUGCUCUGGCCUCUGACUCACUUCCUCUUAGGUCUGCGCUGCUGAGCCUGUUCAUAGUGAAACCUUUCCAAUGCAUUUAACAUACUGUAAUUUUCUUUCAUUGUGUGUGUGUGUGUGUGUGUUUUUAGAAGUAUUUAGAAGUAAAAUAACCUUCUAUUCAACUAUGGAUCUUUUCCAUCCGCUAUAUUUAAUCCAAAUCUUGCCUAAACUUUAAUCUGGUUGCAGAAGAGUGUACCUUUUUAAACCAAGUACGUCUUCCACACAGGUCACUUUAUAGUGUACUUUAAUUUACUGACUGUAGCUCGUCUGCUGCUAUGUACGGUACAACGUUACGCUCAUCGCUCAGCAGAUAUCAUCUAGGUGGUUCUCAAACAGCAAUAAAACUAAAUGGUGGUGUGUGUUGCAGGUACAAGUGUGUGUACAAGUAUUGACUAGUUUAUCAGACAUACCUACCUUGUUGUCCAUUCGUUUUAUUUCCUCCCGGGAACUGUGCACCUAUUUUUCUUUUUCCUUGGAAGUGACAUUGAAGUUUUCCAAAUCCCAGCAAGACACACUUUUAAGAUGUGAAUCUUAAGAUGUGAAAGAUGUGAAUACUUCUGAAAAGUACUUGAUUCUUCUUUCUUUCUUUCUUUCUUUCUUUCUUUCUUUUUUUUUAAUGUAUUUUAUGGUUUUAUCCGUUCGUUGUAAGUUGUUUGUUGUGCACUAGACAGUAAUAAUAAUUCACAAGGUCGCAUUACAGUAUUAACAAUGUGAUCACAAUGCAAAUGAAUUUUUUUUGGCUUUUAGUAUUUUUAAUCUUUUAGAGUUAGCAAAUUGGUUAGUGAAAUAUUAUGAUGAAUAAAAUACUGUUUUGGGGUUUUUUUUGUUUUUGUUUUUUAAAAAAUAUUUGUGUUAUUACAGUGUUUUUAUUUCUGGAACAAAAGAGACUCCAGGGAAUGUAGCACACUAUCACUAUAGUGCAGGAAGUUCAAGAAUUUAAAUAUAUAUAUAUAUCACUCCCAUAAAAUAAA